UUAUAUAUUAAUUAGUAAUAAUAAUAAUAAUAAUAAUAAUAAUAAUACCCCUUCCCUUGUGAUUAUAUAACCCUCUCCACUCCUCCCCUCCUCCCUUUCUUCUCCUUGCAAGUUGCAACCCCACCCCACCUUCCCCUUUCCCCCUCCUUUCCCCCUCCAUCAAAAUUCUACCCUAACCCUAACCCUAACCCUAAACCCUCUCUCUCUCUCUCUCUCUCUCUCUCUUGCGAUUGCGAUAUCGAUUGCGAUUCCGAUGAUGGCCCACGUCGAAAUGGGGCCAGGCGAGGCCGCCGCCGCCGCCGCAGCAGCAGCAGCAGCAGCGGCGGCGCCGGUGAUCAAGCUCUUCGGGGCCGUGAUCCACGAUCGGCCCCCGAAGGAGGAGGAAGAAGACGACGACGACGACGCGGCUUCGGCGUCGGCGGCGGCGGCGGCGGCGGCGGCGCGGCCUCCGCCGCCAUCGUCCUCGGCGGAGUCUGGAGGCGGCGGCGGAGGGGGUGGUGGGGGGGCGGCGGCGGCGGGGGUUUCGGCGCCGCUGCCGUGCCCGCGGUGCCGGAGCCGGGAGACGAAGUUCUGCUACUUCAACAACUACAACGUGAACCAGCCGCGGCACUUCUGCAAGUCCUGCCGCCAGCUAACUGGGACCGCCGGCGGCGCCCCCGCAACGUCCCGUCGGCGCCGGCCGCCGCAAGGCCCGUCCCCUCCCCACCCCUCCCCCGACCGCUGCUUCCCCCGCCCGAUCGCUCCGCGGUUCCGCCGCCCCCCGCUUCGGCUGACCAAGAUUCACGACGAGGACGAGGACGAGGACGAUCAUCAUCAUCAUCAUCAUCAUCAUCAACAACGAUUAGCGAUCGAUUACCAUUUCAAAGAAUCAGUGCACCACCCCCCGAAAAAAAGAAAAAAAGAAAAAACGUAACGAAUACUUCAAAACAAAAUUGUCGUUUUUUGAGCACGGAAAAUUUGAAGAAAAAGACUCAGAAAAAGAAAAGAGACAAAUUAAAAAGGCAUAUUUUUUUAAGAGACACGUGGCAUUUAUUAAUUUGUCCUUGUGCAGUUGAAAAAGUCAACCCAAUUCGUUGGGUUGUUGCUUUUAGAUUAGGGCGAAAAACAGUGUUUUGUUUUUGGAUUUUUUUUUUUUCCUCGAGCGUUAGCAUUUUUCUUCGGCAUCAAUUUUUUUUUUCUUUGUCCUUUUAUAAUUAGCCGGCGACGUUUUAUAUAUAUAUAUAUAUAUAUAUAUAUAUAAUUGAGUUAGAAUACUCUCAAAAGCAUCUUUCGGGUUUCUAGUCUUUGGAUUUAUUUCUUAAUUACUAAUAACAUUUGGAUUAAACACUAUUCCACCUACCAUCAUCAUCUCACCCUACAUUUCUCCAUCCAACAGCUAAACACUCAAAAGCACCCACCCCUUGGUGCUUUUGAUAGUAUUUUAGCUCAA